UAUUUCGUUUUACUCGCAUUAAAUUUGAUCGAUAUCUAAUCGCGUACCCAGGAUCACAGGCAUUUUAUUGGAAUUUCGUACAAAAUCUUUCUAAAUACUUUCCGACCAUAAUUACGCCAAUAUUUUUUAACGCAAUAAUUUUUACUAGGCUAGGCUAGGCUAGGUUAGGUUAGGUUAAUUGAAGUUAAGUUAAUUGAAUCACUCGAGGAGAAUAGCGUCGACGUUCUAACGAACGUUUAAUAAAAAUCAAAAUUAUUAGAUUAGCAGAAAAUUAGGCGUAAACGUUUUCGUUUAUUCAUUAAAUUAUACAUAUCUGCAGUUUUCGGUCAUUAGGUAUCUCGUAGAAAUUUCGCGCGAGCGCGAGUGUGCGCGUGCUCGCAUUGUUCGUCGCAUGCGUGCGCGAGUUCUGAAAUGUUCUGAAAACAAAGUACUGGUUUCCGCGGCAACCGCGAUUUAUCGAUUCGCUUAGGCGUCGCCGACAAGGACGGCGAAUAGUCACCACUGUCACCAAUGUAUAGCCACUGCAGCUGCUACAGCACUCCGAGUUCCGCUUGUGGCCAAUUAGAAUAGUUGUUGCUCUCAAAUCCCUAUUAGUUUCACGGACGGCAAGUUUCUCGAGGCGAUUCGUAAAAUGACGAGGAUCCGUUCAAGAUCGUCUACCGUUAAGAGUGUGUCACGUAAUGGAAUGGCGAAGGAAACGCGAGGAGAGGAAGAACCUCGUCGAGGUUUACGUUACAUUGUUAGAGGAAGAAUAACGUUGUGUCGCGCGGAAACCUAAUGGCAUAUCGUUUAUCGUGCUUUUCUAAAUCGCGAAGACAUUACGAGUCGUAUUUUAUGUAUGUAUUCGAACUACCUGUACUAAAGCGAACAUGGAAAUUGUAGGUACAAAGGAAGGAAUUGACAUGCCCUUUCGGAGAAUCGGUAGUGUUAAGAGACUAUCAUGUUUUUAAGAUGAUUAUAAAAGUAAGGAAAUGAAUGACAAAUGACAAGGAGAAAAAAGAGAGAGAAAGCGAGAUAAGAUCAAGUUUAUAAAUUACUAUUCAUAAUGUGAAAACAUGAUGUGAAAGUGGGUAGGAUUAUUGGAAGAAUAUAUAACUUGAUAUAUAUAAGAUGAGAGUAGUGAGAGUAUUUAAAUGAUGUACUGGCUGUUUAAUAUUAAAUAAUAUUCGAUAGAAAAAAUGAAGUAUAACAUAGAGGUAUAUAGUACAUAGGGAUAAGGUAGGAGGAGAAGAAGAGAAUGUAUGUGGGAAAAAGAAGUAAAAAAAUUGAAAUGAAAAGAAACAAGGAGGGUGAUGGAGGAUUAAACAUGGUAGAAGCAAAAAAGCACGUUUACACAGAAGGGUAAAUAAGAGAAAGGAAAUAAAUGAUCGAGUGGAGAAAGAGCGAUACUAAGGGGAAUGCUAAACGAGAGGUGUGUAAAUAAUAAUAGGAUUGGCCGGUGCUGCACCACCUGGCGGGAUACGCAGCCAGGAUACGUGCCACCGGAGCAGAGGAGAUUCCGGCGCGUUCAUGGGCUACAGCUGCCACUGCAUCCUCAACAGAUCGUCGGUUGGGUACUGCUGACUAUCGUGUUCGUCGGUACCUUCAUUGUGUUGCUGACUCUCAGGACGCCGCCGGUACUGCCCGACCUGCGCUCCGUCCUUUCAUCACUGUUUGCCGCGUUGUUUCUGCUGCACCUGUCGAGCCAUCUGACAGUGUUGCUGUUAGAUCCGGCCGAUCCCGAGGUACGCGCACGACCAGUUCGCGCGAUCGUACCGGAGUUUGACCGUGCGAAGCAUCGACAUGUCAUCGAGAACGGCCGAUGCCACCUUUGCAACAUAACGACGCGUGGUCGGCGUACCAAGCACUGUUCCAUCUGCAACAAGUGCGUACCGCGUUUCGACCAUCACUGCAAAUGGUUGAACAAUUGCAUCGGCGUCGCGGUUACCGCGCUCGCCCUCGGCGAGCUCGUGCUCGUUAACGCACACUUAUUCGUCAACAAUAACUGGAACAAUAACGGAACAUGGGCAAACGCGAGCAUGAAUAACGGCACGGCGACGCCACCGUUGUUGCCGGUGCCUGACACCGGCUCGCUCGUCCUCGUCACCGUCAUCGGUAUUCUCUCGGCCAUUGCCGCGGUGAUGCUCAUACACCUCUGCUUCUUUCACGGCUAUAUCGCCUGCCUCGGUCUCACCACAUACGAAUAUGUGCGCAACAAACGGGAGAGAAACACUGCUACCGCCGCCGACUCUAGAACAACGUCUAGAACAACCUCUGGCCUGGUAGCUGCCGACGAGGAGGAUCGCGUCAACCGGAUUGGCGCGCGAGGUCUCUAUUCUCGCUUCUGCGAGAAUGGCCCUUUACGAAAAACUAAUACUACCAGCGUGACUACGGACGUGUACGUUUGCUCGACGCAUCCCGAGGAAACCCGGAACGACGAAGCAACGGCGAACAGCAUUAAGGAUGUCUCCUCCAAGACGAGAGGUGGCCGGAAUUUUCGUCUUUGUUUCUCUUACGAUUCGCGCACCACCGAGACCUCUAUUCAGGUCUCUUCCUCGCAGACGACGGAGUUGAGGAAUCAUAUGCGUGACUCGCCGGAUACCAAAUCAUCCUCCACGCCCUCGCCGGUGUCUUGUUGCUUCUCCAUCAUGAACCAUCCCGAUGCCGGCAGCAGGCACGAUGGAAACGGACGAAAGCGUCGCACCGACAGAGAUAAUAGAAUCGAGCCCACGAAACGAUCCUGCGGGACAAUGAGAAGAAUACAGACCUUUCUGCAGGCUCGUCUGAGGAAAGGCUCGAGACAACGGUUAACGACGACAGGCUCGUCCUCAGCGAUCGCUCGUCAUUGCGGCAACAAGAUCAUCCCGCAACCAGGCAGUCCUCCGGACGUCGCACUUGCUUUAACAUCAGCCGAACAUCAGGCUCGGAAUGUCGAAGCACGGAAUGUGACGAUGGAACUGACGACACCACCGGAUUAUCCACGUCCACCGGCGAGGCUACCCGCCCUAGAUUUUUCCCGCACCGUUCGGAAAGUUAGAAAAGUAUCUUCAAACACCACUGAUAUUUCCGUCUUGGGGCAGAUGCCGCCCUCCACGAUAUCUAAACGAAAUCAAACUCACCUUCGCACACGACGGAGCGGGAGUUUUUCCAAGAAGAGACCGCACUUCAAGAUCGGCUCGCAUGUCGUAACGCAGACCGCUCAACUGUCGCCCAUACCGGAGUCGGAGCUUUCGAAACCGGCUACGCCGAGAUCGCCGUCGCGAUCGAAUUCUAUAUUCGCCUUCCCACCAUUACACGAGUAACGUUAUCGGCACUGAGCUGUUACUAUUUAGGAAUUAGGAAUAUCAAGCCGAACAAGCGAUUUAGCAAGAGUCCUCCUCAUAAUCGAAUAUAUACAUUUAUCGUAUAUACGAGUCUGCCUUUUUUUUCUUCUUUUUUUU